UAUAAAACGAUGUACAACUGACCACACCUUCAGUAUUCAGUUAUUUUAAAAACAUCAAUAUUUACGCUUAAACAGAAAAAAGAAGUAAGAUGUCUAUGUUUCCAUAUUAUUGGGAUGACUUCGCUUAUCGUCCCUCGCGGCUCAUCGAUCAACAAUUCGGUUUGGGAUUAAGCCACGACGAUUUACUUUCUCCGUUAACUUUAUCGAAUCGAUCGAUGAUGCGUUGUCCGGCUGGAUAUUAUCGUCCUUGGAGAUCACCGUCGACCGAAAAAGACGCUGGAUCGAUGGUAACCGUGGAUAAAGAUAAAUUUCAAGUUAACCUUGAUGUGCAACAUUUUGGUCCGAAUGAGAUUACGGUGAAAAUAACUGGAAAAAAUACGAUAACGAUCGAAGGAAAACACGAAGAAAAACAAGACGAGCAUGGAUUUAUUUCGAGACAAUUUACCAGGAAAUAUGUUCUUCCGGAUGGAUUGAAUUUGGAUAGGAUCCAAUCGAAUCUUUCAACGGAUGGAGUUUUAAGUAUAACCGCACCGAAAAUUACCGUUAUUCCCGAUAAUCAAGAAAGAAGUAUUCCAAUUGUUCAAACUGGAACUCCAUCUAAAACGGUCGUCGAACAACAACCCAAAGUUGUUGAAACGAAAAUGGAAGAGGCCAAGAAGGAGGAAAAGAAAACUGAGUAAAUAUGUAAUUAAGUUUUGUAUUAUUUUUUUUAAGAUUGUGUAAUUGAUGUAAUUAUAAUAACAAAAUAUUUAUAGUUGUAUUUAUUUGGAACUUAAGAAUAUGUAGAUUCUAAAUAACUGUACAAAAAUAUUUAUUAUUUAACCUUUAUCAAUCCAUGUUGUUAUAAAUAAAAUUAAAAAAAAAUGUAAUGU